AUGGGGAAAAUUGUCUCGGAUUUGGCCCACAAUAUAUCCGGGGACCUCAACGUCGAGAAUAUGUGUACUUUGGCUUGGAAGGACAACGAUUACCUCGCCCUACAUUGGGCCGUGUUGGGGGGAUUUGAAGGCGAACUGGCACAACACACCUACCUUUGCCUCUUCACAAAGAUGAGAGAGGAGCUAAUGAUCAACGGCGACCUUGUGCUUCGUAAUUGCUGGAUUGUUAUCCCUCCAACGGCUGUCAAGGGCGUACUCCGCCAUCUCCAUUCCUUACAUCAGGGAACCGAGAAAACAAAACGACUAGCCCGCCAGACUGUUUUCUGGCCAGGACUAACUAAUGACAUUGCCACCACCAUUCAAACCUGCACCAAAUGUCAAUACUAUUGGCCAAGUGCGAUAGCGGAACCACUCGUCCAAGACACCGUCUCGACUAUUGAGAAGGUGACCAGCGACCUUUUCAUGUUUGGCUCUCACCAUUAUCUGGUUUACGCGGACCGUUACUCCGGCUAUCCCCUCUUAUCCCGAUUUUCCUCCAGUCCUUCCUCAUCUGAUCUCAUCAAGGAAUUUCGCUUCUACUUUUCUCUUAUGGGGACCCCGAACAUCCUUCGGAGCGACAAUGGCCCACAGUACCGCUCCAGUCUUUUCCUUGACCUCCUGCGCGAUUGGGGCGUACAACGGCCAUGCCGAGGUCACAGUGAAAAUUAUUAA